AUGUCGAUAACAUUAGCUAUCAUCAUCACCACUUCUUUCCAUUCCAAUCCCAGCUCUCCAACAACAUCCACACAAUCCAUCAAACACCAACUCUCUUUAAACGCCACUCUUGUCUUAAAAUCUCAUGGCUUCAAUGUCAUUGCCACCCUCCUCCAAAUCUCUCCUCAUCUCUUCCUUUCCUCGCAACAAUGCACUAUUUUCGCUAUCCAAGAUCGAGCAUUCUCUGACCCUUUAGUCCCUUAUUCAAAACUCAAAGAGCUUCUCUUGUACCACAUUGCACCUACAAGAUAUACAUUUCAACAACUGUUGAAUAGGCCACAAAACUCUUGUCUUGACACCCUCCGUUUGAAAAAGGCUGUGGUUACGAGGUCUAGUCCAAGGCGGAGAUCAGUUGAGAUCAACAAUGUGCCGAUCACUCACCCUGAUUUGUUUCUUCAGGGGCCUGUUUCGAUACAGGGUGUGUUGAGGCCUUUUUUUCCGGUGAAUCAAGAUUGGGACACUCUUCAAUCUCCCAUCUGUAACUCCAGUUUGAGGCAACAUCAUCAACAAAAACGAGUUCCCAAGAACAAGAUAGAAUGGCCAAGAAUAAUCCACCUGUUAAGAUCAAAAGGGUAUGCACCAUUUGCCAUGGGAUUAAAUUCAGUCAUUGAGGGAAUUAUUCAAGAUUUUAAAGAUUUGGAUUCGGUGACUAUUUUGGCUCCUCCUGAUUUACCAUUUCUGCCAUCAGCUUCACCUCUAUUACAGAGAAUUGUGAAAUUUCAUGUCCUGCCUCGGAGAUUGUCUUUCGCAGAAUUGGCUUCAUUGCCUGAAGAGACCUUAUUGAGAACACUACUUGAUCAAAAAGAACUGCAGGUUACGACGAGUUCUAGUUUUUCUGAAAUAUUGGCAAUCAACGGGGUGCAGAUUGCAUCACCGGAUAUUUUCUCAUCCAACAAGUUUGUAAUACAUGGUAUUUCAGAGGUUUUUCCCAUGGAAGAGGUGGAGCUUUCUAGUGUGUUCAGAUAG